UCUAAACUAAUAAAUUUCUGUCUUAUUCACAGAAUAUCGAAUGAUUUUACUUGGAAACAUUACACUAUUGGAUGAUGGAUGACAUCCACACUCUUGUAUGAAUGGUAUUUAUUGUACUAUUAACCGCUUUCGCAGCGGUAUGUGGGGCAGGAAGAAUAGACGCAAGCUUCCUACCACCAAUAUCGGCCAAAUCCAUUGGAGGUAGCGCUGGUGGCUUGCAAGUUUCCCUCGAUGGAUCCGCCCAAGGUGCUGCUGGACUACCCACUGGUAGCUUCACAAAUGACGCCCAAGGAGUGGUGGUAGACGCAGCAAGUCCUGGAACCAGGACAUCAGGCGCUGAACCAUCUGGUUUAGGAGGACCAAGAGCUUCUUAUGGUUCGACAAACUCUAAAGUAGGAGAUGCUGCAUUCACAGGAUCUGUAGCUAGUCCUCUUGCAAGGAUAGCGCCUGGCUUUGGUUCCAUUGUGGGAUUAGAAGAUUCUGAGAAAGUCAGUGGCAAUGCAUUGAAGAUUGCCAGCAAUGCAGUAGAUACCUUCAGUUAUGGAUUUGAGACUGACAAUGGAAUUUCUGUUGGUGAGGACGCUGUUGCUCAGGAUGGUGUUAAUGCAGGAGGAGCUGUCGGCCAUGUUAAUAUUGGCUCAUACGAGGAAGGUGGUGCAAGCGCCGGAGCAGCUCUUAAUAACGUGAAACCUAUUGCAAGUGCAGGAGCUACGUCCAGUGGACUUUUUGCCAGCCAGGGUAGUCAAGCGCAAAGACCUUCAUCUGGUAUACUUGUUGGAACUUAUAAUGCUGCUUCUGAUGCAGUACAAUCCCAGGAUCUUAAUAAAGAGCAUAGGGGGGCUGGAAUUUCUGGAAGUGGCCUUUCUUUUGGAAGUCAGUCCAGUAAUUCUGCGUCUGCCCAAGCCAGUCAGGGUUUGGUCAGUUCUCAAGGUGCCCAAGUAGUUUCGUCUCAAUCGACUGAAAAUAGAUUUGGUGAAGGUUCAAAGAAGUCUGAGGGUUCUUAUUCUCAAACUGGUUUUGGAAGUGGAUCUCUAAUUAAAACACCCAGCUUCGAUGGUUUAUCUGGUUCCUCGGCUGGAAACUCUGCUUAUAGUUCAGCUGUUGUGAGUGGAUCUGGUAGCGCCAGUGCUUUUGCUUCCACUGGUUCUUCAGGUUUUGGGCUGAAGAAUGAAAAACCAUCUGCGAACUUUGGGUUAUCUAGCCAGUUUGCACAAGGUUCAAAAUCUGAUUCCACGGUUGGUGGAUCGUUCUCUGCUCCUGCUGUUGCUUCAGCGUCUGCUUCUGUAUCAGGAGUUCAGAAAGGACAACAGAGCAUCUCUCAAAAUGUUGGCUCUUCAGUACCUAGUUCUCCUAUACCAAUCUCCACUAUUGACUUAGAAGUUAAUGAACCUUCCAGUGCUUCUGCAUCUGCUUCUGCUUCUGGAAGUCAGUAUAGUUCAAUUCAAUCAAAUGAACAGAAAUCUGAAUCUGAUUCAUUCUUAAAUAGAUUCGGAGAAGGCCAGCAGUCUGGUAUCAGCCAAGGAUCAACUGUGUCCACUCAAGCCGGAGCUUUUGAUCCCACAAUUACACAAGAGCAGGGAGCUGACUACUCAUACUUCUACAAACAACCAUCUAAACCUUUUAUCACCCCACCUAAGAGUACUAGUUUUGGUCAGGCAAUUCCUGUUGGCGUGUUAACUGACAGCCACAGCUCUUCGUCUUACAGUGGUAUUACUCAAGCAGCUGUAUCUCCUUUCACUUCAACAACUACACGAUUUGGUACUCAAUCUAGUCAAGUUGAUUCCAAACCUUCGGUUGGAUCUUCAGUAUCUGGUCAGCAAAGUUCUAUUGGAUUUGGAUUAACUGGGUCUAACAUUGGUCAGAAACCCACUAUUCAAAGUCAGACACAAUUCAGUCAAUCAUCUGUUAGCCAAACUUCUGAUAGUGCGCUGUCACCAACCCAACAAUAUCAAGGUACAAUUUACCAGUACAAUAAGCCAGCUGUUUCUUUAUCUGCACAAGAUAACAAGGUUUCUUCUAGCUCAUACCAAUCAGGCAGUCAGUCUUCUUCUGGACAAAUAGUAGGACAGAAACCAACUGUUACUGCACAAACAUCUGGCUCUAAUUACCAACAAUCACAAUCAGGAUUUGGUACCCAAUUUGGUCAAAAGGUACAAUCUGUAACUUAUACCCAACAAACUGUACCGACUAUUAGUCAGACUUCUUUUGUCCAGAAACCGGUUGUAACUUCACAAGUAAGUUCAUUUGGUUUGAAACCACAAACAACCCAGGGAUCUAGUUUUACUUCUAACACUUACUCUGUGUCUGGAACCAGACCAAGCAACUCUCCGGUUGGCUCAGUUCAAUUUGGAUCAACUGAAACUCGAUUCGGACAAAGUUCUCAAUCCAACGUAGGUAGUAACGUUGGUGUUAGUUCUACAACCGCUAAACCCUUCGGUUCUACAUAUCAACAAGCUCAGUUUGGAUCAUCUGGAUCUCAAUUUAGUCAAAAACCACAAACAACUCAGGGAUCUAAUUUUACUUACACCCAAAGCCAGGUCUCUAGUAAGAAACCUUCGUUUACUUUUGGUUCUCAGUUAGGUCAAACUUCUCAGAAAAACCAGGGUUCCUACCAACAAACUCAAUUUGGAUCUAGUGGAUCUCAGUCCACUUUUGGACAAACAUCCCAGUUUGGCAGUAAACCCACUACCACUCAAUUUGGCUCAAGCGUCUCUCAAUUCGGACAAAAUACACAAUCAUCGCAAGGUUUGGUUUCAACAACUGCAAAACCUUUCUCCCAGAAACCAUUCGGUUCUCAACAAGUUCAGUUCGGUUCUACUGGUACGCAAUUCGGUUCUACUGGUACUCAAUUCGGUUCUACUGGUACUCAAUUCGGUUCUACUGGUACUCAAUUCGGUUCUACUGGUACUCAAUUCGGUUCUACUGGUACUCAAUUCGGUUCUACUGGUACUCAAUUCGGUACCAAGCCACAAACCACACAAGGCUCUAGUUUUACCUCAAAUACGUACACUCAAACUCAAUCGUCUCAGUUUGGAAAGAAGCCUAUUAGCACAGUGCAGACAACGUUCCAGCAAUCUCAGUUUGGUCAAAAUAAGGAUUCCGUGAUAUCCUCAACUACCGCUAAACCUUCAUUCAGCCAAAAACCUUUUGGCUCUUCAUACCAACAAACUCAGUUUGGAGUAACUGGUUCCCAAUUCACUCAAAGCCAGUCCAACAAAGGUAAUGUGGUUUCUACGACCUUCAAACCAGUACUUAGUCAGACUUCAUCCGGUGCCACAUCUCAACAAUUUGGAUCAAGUGGUUCUCAGUAUGGUGUUGGUUCUCAGUUGAAUAAAGGCUCAAGUGUGGUGUCCACUACUGCAAAACCUGUAUUUAGCCAAACAUCAUAUGGUUCAUCUUCCCAGCAGAGCCAAUCCGGAUCCACUGGCUUCCAGUUUGGACAAAACAACAAAGGCUCAAGCGUAGUUUCAACUACAGCUAAACCUGUGUACACCCAAACAUCUUUCGGUGUCACAUCUCAGCAAUUUGGAUCAAGCGGUUCUCAAUUUGGUAGUGGUUCACAGCAGAACAAAGGGUCAAGUGUGGUGUCAUCUACAUACAAACCAAUAGUCAGUCAGACAUCCUUCGGGUCCACCUCCCAACAGUUUGGUGUUAGCGGUUCUCAAUUUGGUAGCGGUUCACAGCAGAACAAAGGCUCAAGUGUUGUGUCGUCUACGUACAAACCCACAGUCAGUCAGACAUCUUUCGGAUCUACCUCUCAGCAGUUUGGUGUAAGCGGUUCUCAAUUUGGUAGCGGUUCACAGUUAAACAAAGGUUCAAGUGUAGUUUCGUCUACGUACAAGCCCAUCGUCAGCCAGACAUCCUUCGGUUCAUCAUCCCAGCAGAACCAAUUCGGAUCCACUGGCUUCCAGUUUGGACAAAAUUCCCAAAACAACAAAGGGUCAAGCGUAGUUUCAACUACAGCUAAGCCUGUUUACACCCAAACAUCUUUCGGUGUCACAUCUCAGCAAUUUGGAGCAAGUGGUUCUCAAUUUGGUAGUGGUUCACAAUCAAACAAAGGCUCUGUAGUUUCUUCUUCAUACAAACCAACCCUUAGCCAGACAUCAUUCGGUUUUGCAUCUCAACAAUCUGGAUCAAGUGGUUCUCAAUUCGGAGUUGGUUCUCAGGUAAACAAAGGGUCCAGUGUAGUUUCUACUACGUUCAAACCAACCUACAGUCAGUCAUCCUUUGGUUCUGGAACUCAACAAUCUGGAUCAAGUGGUUCUCAAUUCGGAGUUGGUUCCCAGGUAAACAAAGGCUUUGUAUCGACCACCUCUAAGCCGGUAGUUGCUCAAACUUCGUUCGGUUCUAAUUAUCAACAAACACAGUUUGGAUCAAGUGGUUCUCAGUUCAACAAGGGUUCAAAUGUGGUUUCUUCUUCAUACAAACCAACAAGUAGCCAGACGACUUUCGGUUCCACAUCCCAGCAGUUUGGAUCAUCUGGUUCUCAGCUAAACAAUGGCGUUGUGUCGACCACUUAUAAACCAACAGUUGUUCAAACUUCAUUUGGAUCUUCUUCCCAGCAAACCCAGUUUGGGUCCAGUGGUUCUCAAUUUGGAGUAGGUUCUCAGCUUAACAAAGGAUCAAAUGUGGUUUCUUCUACAUACAAACCUACAUUUAGCCAAACAUCUUUCGGUUCCGGAUCUCAACAAUCUGGAUCAAGUGGUUCCCAAUUUAGUAUCGGUUCUCAACAAAACAAAGGUUCAAAUGUGGUUUCUUCUUACAAACCGACAUUUAGCCAGACAUCCUUCGGUUCCACAUCUCAACAGUUUGGAUCAUCUGGUUCCCAGCUAAACAACGGCGUUGUGUCGACCACUUAUAAACCAACAGUUGUUCAAACUUCUUUCGGGGCUAACAACCAACAAGUUGGAUCAAGUGGUUCUCAAUUUGGUUUCGGUUCUCAACAGAACAAAGGCUCAAAUGUGGUUUCGUCUACAUAUAAACCAACAUUUAGCCAGACAUCCUUCGGUUUUGGAUCUCAACAAUCUGGAUCAAGUGGUUCUCAACUAAACAACGGCAUCGUAUCGACUACUUCCAAGCCAAUAGUUGCUCAAACUUCAUUCGGCUCCCAACAAACACAGUUUGGAUCAAGCGGUUCUCAAUUCGGCCUUAGUUCUCAGUCAAACAAAGGUUCCAGUGUAGUUUCAACGACGUUUAAGCCAACAAUUAGCCAGACUACUUUCGGUUCCACAACCCAACAGUUUGGGUCAUCUGGUUCUCAGCUAAACAACGGUGUAGUUUCAACCACCUCCAAACCGAUAGUCAGUCAGACAUCGUUUGGUUCUGGAUCUCAACAAUUUGGAUCAAGUGGCUCCCAAUUCGGAGUAGGGUCUCAGGUAAACAAAGGUUCUAAUGUAGUCUCGAUAACAUCGAAACCAAUAAUUAGCCAGACUACUUUCGGUUCCACAACCCAACAGUUUGGGUCAUCUGGUUCUCAGCUAAACAACGGCAUCGUAUCAACCACCUCUAAACCAAUUGUUGCUCAAACUUCAUUUGGUUCUUCUUCACAGCAAACACAGUUUGGAUCUACUGGUUCUCAAUUCGGAUUUGGUUCUCAAUCCAAUAAAGGCUCUAAUGUGGUUUCAAGUGUAUCCAAACCAACAUUUGGUCAAGGAUCCUUCGGUUCAACUUCUCAAGGUAGUCAAACUGGAUUAUCUGGUUUCCAAUUUGGUCAAAACUCACAAGUAAAUAAAGGUUCAGGUGUAGUAUCUUCAGUAUCAAAACCAUCAUUGGUCCAAACAUCGUUUGGAUCCACUGGUACACAAUACGGUUUCAGUUCUCAACAGAAUCAAAAUUCCGGUGUGGUCUCAACUACAAUCAAGCCAAUUGAAUCAACUGUUUCUCGGUUUGGUGAGAAGCCCCAAACUGUAGUUUCAACUGUUGUUUCUUCCGUACAAAAACCUGUUUCAACUCAAAGUGGUUCUUUCUUCCAACAAUCACAAUCUGAAUCAUCUGGAUCUCAGUUUGGUGUAAACCAACAGUCGCUUGAAGGUCAGGCUGUGCAAACAUCACAGUUUGGAUUAUCAGCCCAAAAUGUAGGAUCUAGCGCCCAAGUAGGAUCUGUGAGUGGUUCACAAUAUGCCCAGCAAGGUACCGUAGGUUUGACUGAAACUCGUUUUGGCCAGAAUUCACAAGUUAAUGUUCCCGGUGUUACCACUAUUUCCCAGGUUGCACAACCUGGUCAAAAACCUUUUGGUACAUCAACUGGACGCUUUGAAAUUAAGCCACAGUCUCAGGCUAGUGCAUUUGCUUCAAGUUCUAGUGGAAACGUAAUUCCAUUCGGUAUUUCACAAGUAGGACAGGUUUCUAAAUAUCAACAAACUACUCAAACCCAGAAACCAUUUGUCAGUUCUUUUUCACAGAACUUUGACAAGUCUGGAAGUCAGUUUGGUCAAACUGUACAAUCUAACGUUGGUAGUGGACAAUUUGGACUGGGACAGAAGCCUUUCGGCUCUCAAUUGACUCAAACAGUUUUCCAACAGGCACAAUCCAUCCAGGGUAAGAAGCCUACUGACAGUUCUCAGAGCUCAUCAUUUCAGGUUGGUCAGACUAUUGUAAACCAGCCUAUUCAGACUGUACAGACCGUGCAGAGUGUAGCUGGUCAGUCCACGCAAGGUUCUCUUGGCAAUGCUCAGUCUGGUAUCUACAACUACCAGAAGCCACAAUCCGUUGUGACUACCUUAUUUGGAGGUGAACAAGGUCAAAAAGUACAGGAAGAGCAAGUUAACUUUAACUCAGUUGUUUCUACUGUGCAGACUCCAAUCAGUGGUGAACCACUCAGUGCUUUCGGUGUCUCAACUCAACAGUCAUCACAGUCUAACGUAGGAUCUUCUCAAUUUGUUGUACAACCAUCGAAAUCAAGUCAAAUUACUGGUCCGAUUGUACAAACUACUUUCAACCAGUUGAGUGGUCAACCAUUCCAACCAUCCACCCAGGGUUCUAUUGUGCAAAGCCAGAGCUCAGGGGUUUCCACUUCUCAGUUUGCAGUCCAGCCUUCGAAACCAGCUGCAAUUAACUAUUUUAGUGGACAGCCCUUCCAGUCAGUGUCAUCUCAAGGAUCUAGUUCUGGAAGCCAGACGAUCAUUGGAUCAGUUCCACAGUACACCAUUACUCCUUCUCAAGGUGUUCUGCUCAGCUCCCAAGGCCCUAGUCAAUCUCAAUUCAGCGUUGAGAGUGUUAAGCAAAGUGUUGUUAGCUCGAACGUUCCCAGCUUCCCAUCUAGAUUAAAUUCCAACGUAGGCCAGUCUAGUUUUGGUGUAUCUUCACUCCAGAGUCCAAUCAUUCCAGUUCCAGGGUAUGAAAUCCAAACUGGUUCUAAUGGAUUUGUAGGAUUUGAGGAAUUCGGAGGUCCCAGAGACCCUCCCACGUUUGAUGAUAAAACUGGAUAUCAUUAUUGAACAGUGCCAUAGACUGGAUUUGUAAUUGAAGUUGGAAAUGUAAAUGAACUGCUAGAAACUGUCAAAAUUAAUAUUCAAGUAUGCAGUAGUAGUGUAAAAUGUCAAAGAGGUAUUUUGGAAAAUAGGAAUUGUGUUAUGUAAGCUUUGUUGGAUGUUUUGGCAGUUUUUAGAAGAUCGUAUUAUUUUAUAAGUAAAAUGUGAAAUGUAAAACGUUGUUAUGAAAUGAAAUGAAUAAAAAAUUAAGCAUUUAAAUUGUGAAAAAUAAAUGUUUAAAUAAAUUAUUAAAAUGUAAAUAAUAAA